GAUUCCAACGCGAGCAAACGUGAUAUACUUAUCACAAGACUGUCGUCGCGAAGCGGCGGUUCGCUCAACUCGCCGGUCCCAACAGGUUACCAAAGCGUAUCCGAAAGUCGCGGAAAGAUCCGUUGUGCGACAAAAAAAAAAAAAAACAAAAAUUGAUCGUCCGUCCGUUCGGCAAAAAUUCCUUUGAGAAACGAGCAGCUGGAAUUUCCGUUUCCAACACGUUCGACGAGCAUCUCUCUCGUCAAUACUUCGCCAAUAGUGUGUCACAGAAGGGUCACGAAUCGUAGUUUAUUCACGGUCAGCUAGUCGCGGUCGCGCGUGUCCGCUCCAUAACCUGUCAACGUCUCAUAUAUAAAUCUACAAAAGGCGAGGACAGGCCAAGAGUUCUUCGUGAAAGAAUAACCAACAGAUCAAAAAACAACUCGAGGACAACAUGUCCACAGCGUUGCUAGCUGUAGUUGCUGUGAUCCUAUGUAUUCUAUUUAGGAUACUGAAUGUGAACAGUGCUCCGCAGAAGCCUCUUCUCAUCUGUCAGGAUCAGGCCUUCCUGUCAACGGUGCUCAAGAUCGCGCCGGUAAUCGCCGAACCAUACAAACCGACGAGGUUGUGGGGUUUCAGCGGUCAUGUACAGACCAUUGUUCACAGCGUGAUAGGACGUGUUCGAUGCCCCUGGCCCAUCGGUGAACGCGUGUACAUCCGUCUUGCAGAUGAGACGACUCUUACGUACGAUCUUUAUCAACCGUUAACCAACGGACACGAAGAUGACAUAACGAUAGCCAUCUGUCCCGGCAUUGGCAACAGCUCGGAGAGCGUUUACAUCAGAACGUUCGUGCACUUCGUGCAGUGCCACGGCUAUCGAUGCGCAGUACUUAAUCACGUCGGAGCUCUUUCUAGUGUCAAGAUCACGGCUCCAAGAAUAUUUUCUUACGGACACACGGACGAUUAUAGCACAAUGUUACAAAAUUUAGUGGAAAAACAUCCUAACACCAAGAUAGUUUGUAUCGGAUACAGUCUUGGCGGCAAUUUAGUGACGAAAUAUCUGGCGGAACGUGGUUCUAACAAAAUGCCUAACAUUAUAGGAGGAAUUUCAAUUUGUCAAGGAUACAACGCCAUCGAAGGAACCAAGAUUCUGUUAGACUGGCAGAACUUCAGACGCUUUUACCUCUAUGUGAUGACAGAAUCGAUGAAGAAUCUGAUACUCAAGCACAAAAACAUGCUUUUGUCCGAGGAGAUGAAACAAAGGUGGAAUCUGAACGAACGUGAUAUAAUCUCCGCUGCGACGUUGCCCGAAUUGGACGAAGCGUACACGAGAAAGGUACACAACUUUAGAUCUGUGCAAGAGAUGUACACUUGGAGCAGUUGUGCUUUCUAUCUCGACAAUCUCACAACGCCGAUGGUAUUUAUCAACGCGUUAGACGAUCCUAUAGUACCGGAAGUAUUAUUAAAUCCAAUCAAGGAGCACGCAGCAAGUCAUCCAAACACUUUAUACAUAGAAUUAGCUCAUGGAGGUCAUCUGGGUUUCUACGAGGGAGGUCUUUUGUAUCCAAAUCCCAUAACAUGGUUGGACAAAACUCUUGUAUCUCUCGUGGGAUCUUUGGCAUUAGCGCACGCGGACAAAGCUCUCAAAGUCUCGUAACUCAAUUUCAGCUCGGUUAAUGUAAUUUUAUCAUUGUCACAGAUGAUCGAUUUAUAAUAACGUUUACACAGAUUGUGAUUUUGUUGUGUCUGUCAGCACUGCAUUCAACUCAUAAUGGUGAUAGACGCAUCGCAAAUAGAAAAACAGGACACAGAUUGUAGUCCAGACAAACUGUCUGGUGCACAUACAUUAGUAAUUUCAUGAAAUAAAGCGCUCGUCUAGUACGUGAGGAUAGAUGCAGAAAUCUCCUAGUCGAGGAGAUAUCAGUUUUUGUAACGAUCCUUUUUCUACGGGUUAGAUUUAGGAUCUAAGUUUGCCAGUAUCGAAUUGUGUAUAGAAGAUGAAUUCAAGGUGCGUGCGGAAAAACGGUCUCUGGCCGUUCGCUUGCUGUCAAAAUGGCCUUUUCCUUCGAGUUAGCAUUUGUUUUCAGUAACACAGAAAAAUAAAUGAAGGCGCACGAUUUUGAGGUAACAAACAUUUGCUCAUUUAUAGUAUUUUUUUGGAACAUCAAUUACAAAUUGACUCUUUAUAACGUAAAUGUAUUGGUACAUAUUUGUACUGUUUAUCUUAUAUACGAUUUUUAGCGCAAGUAAAAUUUAGCUUAAUUUUGCAAGACAAAGAAUAGAAAAAAAAAAUGAGAAAGGAAUUAAAUGAAUUUUUAAUAUUUCACUGAAUGUUAACGCUUCUUUCUCAGGGAUUUUCCAUAGGACGACGAUUCGCUGAGACCUUUUAGUGGUCGCUAAUGUAAAAGAUUAUUGAAGGUGCUCACUGCGCGAUUAAUUAUUACAAUAUAGGCAUUUAAUGUAUAAUGUGAAGUAUCUUGUAUACUUUCACAUCGAGAAGAAACUCGUAUUUAUGUAUAACGUAUGUGUAAUAAUAGACAAAUGUACUGACACUUAAAACAUAUUUAUGAAUGGAAUUUGGUUACAUUUUAAAAUGAUUGGAAAUUAAUUAAUAUAUAAAUUCAAAAUUCGGAAUACAUGGAUAUACAUAUAUAUUGUAUAUAAAACAAGAUUUUUGCAAACUAAUGUCUAUCAAAUCAAAUUCAGUGUUUUAUAAAUGUAAAUAUACACCAAAUUUUGUAAAUGCGACUUUUCUAAUUGUAAUUAUGUAGCAAAUUGCAAAACACACGUGUAGAUUUUGCUACUGGUGGUUUAACGGAGUUAAUAAGUUUGUAUGUGUGUAUAUGAGGAUAUAGUUGUAUAAUAUUUGAAAUUUGUUUAUAUAUCGUGAUUAAUGUAUUUUC